GUGGGGUGGGGGGUCAUCAAGAUGUGAGUGGGUCGCCUCCAGAACUGAGAGGGGUGAUGGUCAACAGACUACAAAAAAAUCAGAAACUGCAGCCAAACCACCACCAGCAACUCAACCAUCAGCAAUGAGCCACAGACAUCUUCCAGCCUCCACUAGCACGCUCAGGGUGGACAUCAGAGAGGCAGAGAUACUGGAUGAGGAUGAAUCGACUGAGACGAGUGAUAUCUAUCUGCCCAAACACACCGAAUUCAUCUCCCACAUCGCACUCGAUAUCGGUGGUUCACUAGCCAAGGUCGUCUACUUCACCCGUGCCGCCGAUCAUAACUCAUCAAGGGAAAACCUUUCCAAGCGAUCCGGCGGAAGCUUGAACCAGAGUUUACCCCGGAAACCGGUCUCGACUGAGGAACUUAGCACUCGUGAACGGCCUUCCAGAGCUGCCGUCGAUCAAUCCUGUCCGUCUUCUUCCUCAUCCCAUUCUACCUCCUCAAGUGAUCCCGAGCCACCCAACCUGCCCAACUCCAGGCCGCACUCCUCCGCCCGCUCCUCAGUCAGUCAGCCAAACGGUAUCCUCAAUCCGACCGUCGUCCGGGAAGAAGUCUAUAACAGUCGGGCCAGAUCUCUCGACCCUGGAAACCAUUGCAACACAUCCAACGAUCCCAUAGAUCAAGAUCCUCUCCAGCGUUCCUCUCAGCUCAACCAAAAGCUUGCUUCCCUCAGUACUCUCAACCUUCAAGACCCAUUCCGGGACCCCAAGCACCGUCUCUCGAGAUCAUCCUCUAUCUCAUCGAUCCCAGGCGGAAGGCUGAAUUUCAUCAAGUUCGAGACAGGAUCCAUCGAAUCAGAAUGUAUCACGUUUAUCUCCAACCUGAUCCAGCUCUCGGCGGAGUCCAACCGGGUGCCGAUCUCGACGAUGAAACGAGGAGUCAAGAUCAUCCUGACCGGCGGUGGGGCAUACAUGUAUGCGGAUCUCAUCAAGAACGCUCUAGGCGGGGAUGUGGAGGUGCUGAGUGAGGACGAGAUGGACUGUCUGAUCACCGGGCUUAACUUUAUCACCGAGAUCCCAAACGAGGUAUUCUGGUUCUCCGACCAACUCGUCCAGGAGAUCAUCCACAAUAACUCAUCCGACCCGGCCAGCGAACAGGAGAACCUGCUCACCAACCCCCACAAGACCCUCGGCCCCAUCCAACCUUCCUCCUCUUCCUCCUCCUCCCACCCGACAUUCGAUCAAGACCGAUCGCCGGGCAUCGAACAGUUCCCGCGUCCCUCGCCAAACCCACCCCAAUACUCCGUUCUCUUCGACUCGAACCCCAGCCCUCAGUUCCCAUGCAUGCUGGUCAACAUUGGCUCAGGGGUAUCAAUCAUCAAGGUGACCAACUUUGGCAAGUUUGAACGAAUCUCAGGGACAUCCUUAGGAGGAGGGACACUCUGGGGAUUGCUCUCGUUACUCACUGAAGCCAAGAGCUUCGACGAAAUGCUGGACCUUUCGAUCAAGGGAGAUAAUUCGAAAGUCGAUAUGCUCGUCGGCGAUAUCUAUGGUCAGGAUUACGGUAAAAUCGGCCUCAAGAGCUCCACUAUCGCCUCUAGCUUCGGCAAGGUCUUCAAGAAAAAAUCUUCCCCGUCUACUCAGUCUCGUAAUCUUUCUGGCGUCGAAGAUCCACCUAAGGUCGAAUUUAAACCAGAAGACAUCAGUAAGAGUUUACUCUAUGCUAUCAGCAAUAACAUUGGCCAAAUUGCACACUUGAAUGCUGAGCAACAUGGACUAGAUCGGAUCUAUUUCGGAGGCUGUUUUAUCCGAGGUCAUGCAGCAACGGUGUCGACCUUAUCAUACGCUAUUCGGUUCUGGUCCAAAGGUACCAAACGUGCCUUCUUCCUUAGACAUGAAGGUUAUCUUGGUAGUAUUGGAGCUUGGUUGAAGAAUAUCGGCCAUGAAAUCGAUCAAGCUUCCUCUCCUCCUCCUCCUCCACCAAAUCAUUCUUGAUUUCUUGUUUUACUACUUUGUUACAUUUAUAUAUAUUAGCAUUUAGGCUUUUUUCUAUAUUCUCUCUCUUUUUAUCAUUAACUUUCUAGUUUGACUUGUGUAUUUAUUUAUUUUUCUACUGCUAAGAAAAGCACCAUCAGUGUUAAAGGUAUUUUUUCUUUCUUUCUCUUUUUCUUACUAUCUACAUAUAAAUGUAUAUACAUGUAUAUACAAAACUAACAUACAACUAGAUUGAUUAUUUUCAUUCUUUGUUCUUGUAUUACAUAACCCCCCCGCCCUUUUUUUGAUGUGUUGAAGCAGAAGAGAAAAAAAAACUUAUUUUGGUUUGUUGAGAGUUUUCUUGUUCCCACAUGUUGCUACUUA